UGUGGAUGCCCGAUUCGGCAAGCAGCAUGGCCCUCGUUUUUGUUUGUUCUUCUCACAUGAGUGUUUGAGGACUGGGUCCCUCGAGGCGCGCUUCAGCACACGUCGGCCGCUCUUCAAGCCAUCACGGACAGUCACCCUUCUGCCGUACUGGCCGAGCUCCAUGUAUUCCGUAUUCUACACCCAAUCCGAGCUACAGGACGUGGUUAAGAAGUACAGUGCUACGACCGGCUGCCCUGAACUGUCCCAAAACGGUCGGGAGUGUUUGAUGUCGCUGACAGACGGACACCCUGGAAUGGUCGCAGCUUUGCUGGCAUAUAUACGCGCAGUGAGUGCAGCCCAAUUGAACCUCCCUUCGUUCUCGGUGCUAACUCUCAACAGUACGCAGGGAGAGAUUUCCAACAAUACAUCUACAAAGAUAUGUUGUCGCCCCCUACCGACGAGUUCCGCGAGUUCCUAAGCAGCAACGACGCCCUCGAAUUCACCCGAUACCAGCCCGCCGGGAAAAGCCUGCCAUCGAAGUACAUGACCAACGGGAUCCUGACCCAAGCCAUGAUCGACAUCCUGCUUCGGGUUCUUCGCCAAGGCAACAUCCGCUUCAACCACAAGGACAAAGAUCUGAAGUUCUGCGUCAAGUUCGGAUUCCUGUACACCUUCCUCGAUUUCGCCGACAAGGUCUACUGCGUUCUCCCCUCCAACCUCCAUGCCCGUUUCCUCGAAUACGAACACAGCGGCGGCGACCAACCCAGCUUCCAAGGCGUCGGCGGCGGGCCAGAGAUCCGCGAAUUCUGCAUCCGCAUCCUGCAGUCCCUGCCCCGGGAGUCCCUGCAGAACACCUUCGCCAGCCGCCGGGGCCCCGCGGGCCGCGUCCGGGCCCGGGCCGAUCUGUUCCAGGACGAGUUCUACCAGUGCUGCUGGGGUCAGAACAGCUUCGGCGGCGCGGUCACCCGCGACUGGACGCGCACCACGGGCGCGCGCACGGCGGUCGAGAUCCCAGCGGUGGGCUGGCGCAUCGAGCUGCUGCAUGGGUUCGCCGCGUGUUUCGACCUGCGCGCCAUCGCGCGGCAGUGUGGAGGGUUGAUGGAGCGGGGCAAGAUUCGGCAUUGGGUGGUGCUGCUCUGUGCCGUGGAGCAGGGGAGGGUGCAAGGGAGUUGUGAGAAUUUGCUGCAUGUGGUGUUCAAAGAUGACUUCGCCAGGUUCACGGUCAAAGCGUCGGGGGGUCGUCUGGAGUUCAGUCUGGGGCAGCUUUGAUGGUGUUGAGGGUUGUUUGGAUGAAAGUCGCUUGUUGCUUGAAGAUCGAAGAUCACUGAGGCUGGGGCUAGUAUGCGAUGACAAGUUCACUUUAGGCUUAAUGGAUGCACUUGGAAUAGCUAAAUGAGAGGGAGGUGUAAGGUUAGAGUGAAGGAACAUCUAAACCGAAUUUUCCUUUACAG